AUGGAGGAUGAAAAUAAUAAGAACGUAGAAACGCGCGAACGGAAGAAAGGUCGCGUCGCAUUUGUAUUUUAUGAUUUUGAGACACGACAGGACGAUGUAGUCGAAGGCAGCGAAAAUGUUAAAACGCACAUGGUUACACUUUGUGUCGCGCAGCAAAUAUGUGAUUCCUGUAUGGAGAUAGACGACAUGACGGUGUGUUGUCGUUGGUGUGGCGUGAGUGAAUUAAUAUUUCGCAAUGACCCGGUGAAGCAAUUUGUCGAUUUCGCCACGAGACCAACGAAGAGCUUCAAACAGAUCAUUUGCAUUGCGCAUAACGCUAGUGCGUUCGACUCUCAAUUUAUUCUCCGCUACCUGGUCGAAAGUAACAACUACGUUGAGCCAAAACUUAUUUUAAACGGUACGAAAAUUGUACUAUUAACCGUUGGUCAAACUAAAUUCAUAGACAGCAUUAAUUAUAUGCCGAUGCGAUUGUCAAUGUUGCCAAAAGCUUUCGGGUUGAAAGGUAUUUCAGGCAAAGGAUUAUUCCCUCAUUUGUUUAAUACCGUCGAAAACCAAUAUUACACCGGUCCAUUACCUGAUAUUCGGUAUUUCUCACCAGAUACGAUGAAACCGGAUGAACGUGAAGAGUUUUUAGCCUGGCAUGCGGAGAUGGUUAGUAAAAACGUCGAGUUCAAUUUCCAACGAGAGAUAAUGGCCUAUUGUUGCAACGACGUGGAUAUUCUUCGUCGAGCAUGUCUCGCCUUUCGUAAAAUUUUUUUGGAGCGGGGAAAAGUAUGUCCCUUCGAAGAAUGUACAACCAUUGCUUCCACUUGUAUGCGAGUUUUCCGGAAAAACUUUUUGCGUGAGAAAGAGAUAGGUAUCAUUCCGAUGGGAGGUUACAGACAUGCUAAUAAUCAAUCGGAUAAAGCUCUUCAAUGGCUACUGUGGAAGGAACGCGAGCUCGGGCGCGUUAUAAUUCAUGCCGAUAGAGGACGGGAACAACGUUUAUCAGAUGGUACAUUAGUUGACGGUUAUUACGAGUCGGAAAAUCCACCGCAAAGACAUGUUCUACAAUUUCACGGAUGUUUUUGGCAUGGAUGUCCUGCAUAUUUUCGAGUGAACCGCGAUAGACCACUCUCGACCUGUGUACACGCGGAUACGAUCGACGCACGCUACGAACGCACACUCGCAACGUCAAGUCGUCUUCAAAAACAGGGAUAUUUCCUUACAGAGAAAUGGGAAUGCGUCUUCAAUCGAGAGCUGCGUGAGAAUCAGGAGAUGCGCGAUUUUGUAGAAAAUCACUCAAUGCUACGUACCAAGCCCCUCGAUCCUCGCGACGCAUUCUUCGGGGGCCGCACGGGGAAUAUCGUCACGCGGUACGAAGUUACGGGGAAUGAGAAGAUACAUUACGUUGACGUAUGCUCUCUAUACCCCUACGUACUGAAGACGGGCGCUUUUCCGAUCGGACAUCCGGAAGUUUACGUGGGCGAAGAGUGCUCCAACUUAAUCGGUGUGGCUCCUGAUUUUAACUUUACUACGGUGGAAGGACUCGUACAAUGCAGAGUACUCGCACCACGCGAACUCUUUCACCCCGUACUACCGUUUCGCACGCAAGGUAAAUUAUUGUUCGCACUCUGUCGCAGCUGCUGUGAAACAUUCUCUCAAAUAGCGUGUACACAUGAGAAUCCAACCGAUCGUGAAUUCGAAGGCACUUGGGUCUCUUGCGAGCUACGAAAAGCCAUUGAGAAAGGCUAUCGUGUGACAUCUGUGAGCGAGAUAUGGAAUUAUAAAAUCUCACGAUACGUUCCUAGUACUCGGCAAGGCGGUUUGUUUGCCGAAUAUAUUAAUUGUUUCCUACAGCUUAAGCAGAAGGCCAGCGGCUGGCCGAACGAAUGCGAGGAUAACGACGAGAACGCAAAAGAAAAUUAUUUAAGGGAGUACAAAGAAAUUGAAGGGGUUGUUCUCGAUAGGCAUAAUAUAGCGCGGAAUCCCGGUCUACGUUCGGUUGCAAAGUUGUGUCUGAAUUCCUUCUGGGGAAAUUCGGUCAACGUUCUAAUCUACCGAAUACAGAGAUUGUUAGAACGCGAGAACAUUUAUUAUCUUUGCUCACGAGCCCCGAGCAUGAAAUAA